AUGGAUGAUCUUUCUGAAAAUAGUAGUCAAGAUGGCUCAGAUAAGGUAACUUACGUCAAAAAAGGUCACAAAGCAACACGGAUGAAAGACAUACAAAUGUCAGAUGGAGAAAAGAAACCUGUUACAUUCAAUCGUUAUUUUGAGGCAAACGGGCCAAAUCCAGAAACUAAGAGCAAGUUUAAUAGCUACAUCGCCGUUCUAGGACGUAGCAAAAUCAGUAUCUUGAUACCGGACUGGAGAAAAGUGACUGAUAAGAAUAAAGAGCAAAUUUGGCAAGCUUUAUCGGAGCAGUACGAUGUGCCAGAUAAAAAUAAAUUGAGAACGAGAGUGUUUUCACGUGCUGGGGAUGCUUGGAGGGCUUUCAAAACUAAGCUCACUAGAGAAUACGUAUUUGGAGAAAAGAUUGGUGUGCUCCCAUAUGACGAUAUUUACCCUUUUCUGGAUGCAGACACUUGGAAGGCUUUUGUUGCGUCCCGUCAAACUCCUGAAUUCUUGGAAAUCAUAAAAAAGGCUCAGGAGUCGCAAUCAUAUAAUCUAAGUCCGCACAUAUUAUCUCGUGGAGGCUACGAUCUUUUGAUGCAAAAGAUUAUGGACGAGAAAUACAGGGCAAGAAAAGAGGCCUCCACUGAUCAAUCGGAAAUUAUUCCACCCCCAUCUCCUCCUUCUCGUCAUGAAUUAUGGAAAAGAGCUCGUAUAACAAAGAAAGGAGAUUAUGUCUCAAAGGAAGCCAAAAUUGUUGCUGACAAAAUUGAUUCUUUAGAAGAACAAUGCACUCAGGGCAGUUUCAAACCUGUUGGGAGAAAACGAUAUACUCGCAACAGCGGUAGGAAAGACUGA